AUGGCGCAGAGCUACAAAACGCUGAAGGAGAACUUCGUCUCCAACCUGUCUGGGGGAACCGUCUCCGAGAUCAAUUGGGUGACAGCUGUCGCUCCAGCCGCAUAUCUACUAUGGGCAGCCCUCCAGUCGCGUCAAGGCUACUUCUUGGAGUACGGUCCGCCAGCUUUCCUCACAGAUUUGCUGCUCAAUGUUGGAGGUAUACUGCUCGCCCUGACAAUGUACUCCUCGAAUGCUAUUCUACUCAAUACGCUCCUGGUGUCUCCCGCCGUCCUUCUCUGCGUCCUACCCUCUACAACCAACUACCGCAAGAGAGCCUCGAAGCCUCUUGCGAACAAGCCAGCGGAGUCUACAGGCGCGAAGGAGGAGCUUGAUCCGCUGCCCAUACGACCGUUUAUCACGAUCUAUAGAGGAGGCAUGAUAGUGGUUACAUGUUUAGCAAUACUUGCGGUGGAUUUUAGAAUCUUCCCCAGACGAUUUGCGAAAGUCGAGACUUGGGGAACAUCUCUGAUGGAUGUUGGCGUAGGUUCCUUCGUGUUUUCUGCUGGAUUGGUUUCUGCUAGACCGGUUCUACAAGCUCGUUUUGCAGGCAUGAAAUCUUCUUUCCGCUCGCAGCUCCAAUCUGCUUUCCGGGCAUCGCUACCUCUGCUCGUCUUGGGAUUCAUUCGACUGUACAGCGUCAAAGGUCUGGAUUAUGCCGAGCAUGUCACAGAGUACGGUGUACAUUGGAACUUCUUCUUCACUCUGGCCUUCCUGCCACCAUUCGUAGCUAUCCUACAAUCUGUGUCUGCAUUGGUACCUUACACGGGAUUGGUGUCAAUCCUUAUAAGCGGCCUUUAUCAAACACUCCUUGAGUGCACCCGGCUCAAAGCUUUCAUCCUCACAGCUCCCAGGACGGACUUUAUGAGUCAGAACCGAGAGGGAGUGUUCUCUUUCUGGGGCUGCGUAGCCAUCUUCUUGGCAGGUCAAGCACUCGGCUUUGAUGUACUGCCGCGCAAUCCGAGUCAGACUUCAGCCACAGACUCGGACUGGCAGCAGAGAAAGCGACUGCUCAAACGUCUGGCGGUGUGGUCAGCUGUAUGGGUCUCUUUAUUCUAUUCAGUGACUUCUUACAACAUAGGCUUUGCUUUCCAGGUUUCACGCCGUCUUGCUAACCAACCGUAUGUCUUCUGGGUGUCAGCCUUCAAUUGCGCCCAAAUCACGGUCUUUUGCCUCGUUGAGACGGCGUUCUUUCCUGGUGUCUACAAGGCAGCGAAUCGAACAUUGGAACGAAGGGAAUGUGAGAAAGCCACUAGCCGAGUACUGAGAGCUUUCAACCGGAAUGGACUCGCUAUAUUCCUGUUAGCAAAUCUUCUGACGGGGCUGGUCAAUCUGACACUUGAUACCCUAAGCAUGAGCAGAAUAGGAGCUAUGGUUGUGCUCGUAGGGUACGCAGCUCUGCUCACGGCUGUUGCUGUAGGGCUCGAUGCUUGGAACCUGUCGAUCAAGCUGUGA